AUGCAGACUGCUUCUGCAAACAUUUGUGAAAGACUGUGCAAAAAGUCCAUCCGUGAAAUUUCCUUGCUACUAAAUAUUCCACGGUCAAACUGGUUAACUGGUGUUAUAACAAAGUGGAAGCAACUGGGAACAACAGAAACUCAGCCAUCAAGUGGUAGACCACAUGAAAUGACAGAAUGGGGUCAGCGCAUAGUGCGCAGAAGUCGCCAGCUGUCUGCAGAGUCAAUAGCUAAAGGCCUCCAAACUUUGUGUGGCCUUCAGAUUAGCACAACAACGGUGCAUAGAGAGCUUCAUGGAAUGGGUUUCCAUGGCCGAGCAGCUGCAUCCAAG